GUUGGAACAAUGAGAGAAAGAAUAGAAAGAAGAAAUUUGAGUGAAGAUAAGAAGGAAAAAGAAGAAAAUGAAACGGCAUAUUUGGAUUUAAAUUCUGAGAAAGAGGUGAACGUAGUCGUUCCAAGGAACUUUUCCAAAGAAAAACAAGAUGAAUCAAAAAAAAUCAAAUCCUACGGUGGUAGGAAAAUUCAAGAAAAAGAAAUUCGUUCUGGUAAAGAAUUUUUCGAAUUGACAGGACACUUUGAUCUUACGGAAGGAUCAUUGCAAAACUAUUUGAAAGAGGAAGGUCAAGGUGGUGGUGGUGAUGGUGGUGGUGGUGGUCAUACGUUUUCGCACGAGGAAGUGACAAAUGUUACGGGAAAAGAAAUGAGAAAUGUAAGUUCAGAUCUGGAAGAAAAUGGAGAAGAAACGAUUCUACUUUCGCCUCCGAUAAAUUAUUUGAAAAAAGAGGAGGAAACCGUAAAGAUUGUUCCUCCGAGUAUUAAGAAUGGGGGGAAUAGAAAGGAUCAAGAAAAAGAAGUUACAUCUACGAGAAUCGUGAAUGUUUCCAAGGAUAACACGGUAUCCUCCUGGAAUUCGAAGGAAAAUCGGAAAUACGACGAUACGACAUCAGAUUCGGAUCGGUUAAAUUCGAGUAGGAUGUCCAUCCACGAAAUCGACUCACAAGUUCGGUCUUUCAAGGACUCUCAAAGGAACGUACGCGAUCCUUCUGGAGAUUUCGUCAGUCCAAGGCCGGUCGACUAUUCUACUUCUUAUUUUCCAAAGGAUACGAAAGGCGGAGAACUAAGGGAUGAUCCAAGUAGCGAUUGGAACGGACACGAGAUGAAGGAAGUGGUGAAAGAGGAGGAGGAGGAGGAGAAGGAGGAGGAGGAGGAGGAGAAGGGGGAAGGAAAAAGGCGUUACCACGAGAAGAAGAUAAAAAGUAAAGAUUCUCAAAGAAAAUUCUGGUUAAAGGACGAAGAACAAAUGGUAGAAAAUACGACCAUUUCGUUGAACGAUCUUCCUAAAUUGACGCCAUUAACGUUCCCAAAUAUUAUCACGGAUGAAAGAAAAGAAACUAUUAAAAGAACAAAUUCUGAGGUAAGCGACUAUAAAGGGGAAGUUAAUAGAAUGAAGCUUCCAAUAAUCGAAAAUAAAUUCACAUCGAGUUUUCCACCUACUUUAAAAGAGACCGAACAAGAAGUAUCCUCUAACAAAAAAUCUACCAAAUCGAGUAGAUUAUUAUUGUCAAAAAAGAAGCGUUUUAAAUCAACUGAGAAGAUCGAAAGUAAUACUGACCCGACGAUAAAUUUGUCAACAAACUUCAAUACAUCUAUAAGAAACCAACUCCUUGAUUCGGUCACAAUAACCGAAGAAGAAAACUUGGAAACUUAUUCGCCUCGAGGAAAUUCCAUGGGAGGAACGACGGAUAUUUCCAUGACGGAGAAAUCCAAAAGGACGAGCAGAAUUCCGAAUAGUUUGACCGAUCGAUCAUUUUCCAGUGUCGAGAUCGAAGGGUUUACUUAUCCCUUUUCUGACGUUGUAACCUCUCAGUCGAUCGAUACUUUUACAACAAUAUCGAUUGAUGAGAAUACAAUGGAUAAAAAAUUCGAAAAUACGACGAGUGCAAGUUCAGUAUGGUUGAGUACGGUUUCUUUGGAAAAGACAACGAUAGGUAAUGUUUCGGUGAACAAACAAUCGAUUAACGAUGAUCAUAACUCAACGAAUAAACCUCCGUGGCCAGUGAAACAUAGCGCAGUGGUUGAGGGUGACCUCGUUUUAGGAGGUUUAAUGAUGGUUCACGAAAGAGAGGACUCAGUGAAGUGUGGUCCUAUUAUGCCUCAGGGUGGUGUCCAAGCAUUAGAAGCCAUGCUUUACACUCUGGACACGCUCAAUCAACGAGAGAUCGUCCCCGGGGUCAAAAUAGGAGCACAUAUACUCGAUGACUGCGAUAAGGACACCUAUGGCUUAGAAAUGGCGGUAGAUUUUAUCAAGGGAUCGAUAAGCAAUAUCGACGGUGCGGAAUACCAUUGCAAUAAAACCACCGUUCGUAAAGUUAUCAGCGGCGUCGUGGGAGCUGCAAGUUCUGUAACAUCGAUCCAAGUGGCCAAUCUUCUUCGGUUAUUCAGAAUUCCCCAGGUCUCCUUCUUCUCAACGAGCCCAGAACUCUCGAAUAAGCAACGAUUCGAGUAUUUCAGCAGAACUAUACCGAGUGAUCAUUACCAGGUCAAGGCUAUGGUAGACAUCGUUUUAAAAAUGGGAUGGAGUUACGUGUCAAUCAUAUACGAGGAGAGUAAUUACGGAAUUAAAGCUUUCGAGGAACUCGAAGAAUUAUUAACGAAGAAUAAUAUUUGCAUAGCAGUUAAAGAAAAAUUAGUUAAAGAUUCUGGUGUGGCGGAAGAAACGGCUUAUGAUACCAUUGUUUCUAAAUUACUAACUAAACCACGUGCUAAAGGUUGUAUAAUAUUUGGAUCGGAUCAAGAAGUAGCAGGAGUUAUGAGAGCAGUCAGACGAUGCAAUGCAACCGGUACAUUUUCUUGGAUAGGCAGCGAUGGAUGGAGCGCACGAGGUUUGGUGAGCAAUGGUAAUGAAGCAGAAGUUGAAGGUACACUUUCUGUUCAACCCCAAGCGAAUCCUGUCAUGGGUUUUGAGGAAUACUUCCUAAAUCUCACUGUCGAAAACAACAAGCGAAACCCUUGGUUCGUCGAAUUUUGGGAAGAUCACUUUCAAUGCCGUUAUCCAAAUUCUACUUUAACACCACACAAUCAAAAAUAUACGAAAGCUUGUAGCACCAAGGAACGACUUACCAAAGAGAACACAGUUUUCGAGGAUCAAUUGCAAUUCGUAUCAGAUGCGGUAAUGGCUUUUGCCCAUGCAUUCAGAGACAUGCAUAGGGAUCUUUGCGGUAACAAAACUGGAUUGUGUUCUGCAAUGAAACCAACGGAAGGUACAAAGCUUUUGGAGUAUCUACGCAAAGUCCAAUUCAAAGGUUUAAGCGGCGAUGAAUUUCGAUUCGAUGAAAACGGUGAUGGCCCGGCAAGAUACAACAUCAUACAUUUCAAACAAACCGAACCUGGGGUCUACAAGUGGAUACGCGUUGGCAAAUAUCUCGAGGGAGUUCUACAUUUAAACAUGUCUAUGGUUCAAUUUAAGCUGGGACACAAUCAGACACCUGAAAGCGUUUGUUCAUUGCCAUGUGAAGUAGGCCAAGCGAAAAAAUAUGUUGAGGGUGAAAGUUGCUGUUGGCAUUGUUUUAAUUGUUCUCAAUAUCAGAUUAGACACCCAGACGAUGAAACGCAAUGCAAGAAUUGUCAACAAGGAACAUUACCAGAUGAAACUCAUUCUACCUGUAGUGAAAUACCCGAAGAAUUCUUGAGACUCGAAAGUGGCUGGGCUAUCGGUGCAAUGUCCUUCUCUGCUGUUGGAAUACUAGUAACUUUAUUUGUCUGCGGUGUAUUCUUAAAACAUAACGACACCCCUGUCGUUCGUGCUUCCGGCCGAGAAUUAUCUUACGUCCUUCUUAUUGGAAUCUUACUUUGCUAUCUCGUCACGUUUGCUCUCGUACUUAGACCAACCGAUAUUGUUUGCAGUAUUCAAAGAUUCAGUGCUGGAUUUUGCUUUACCGUAGUAUAUGCAGCACUUUUGACGAAAACCAAUCGGAUAUCGAGGAUCUUUAACGCUGGAAAACACAGUGCUAAAAGACCAUCAUUUAUAUCACCAAAUUCUCAAUUGAUCAUUUGUUCCGGUUUAGUAGGAGUACAGAUACUCAUUAACGUUGUGUGGAUUGUUAUCGAUCCAGCUAAAGCUAUGCAUCACUACCCCACCAAAGAGGAUAAUUUGCUUGUUUGCAAUAGCUACAUCGAUGCUAGCUAUAUGAUUGCUUUUGCAUAUCCUAUUAUAUUGAUAGUUGUUUGCACUAUUUAUGCGAUACUCACGAGAAAAAUUCCUGAAGCCUUUAACGAAAGCAAAUACAUUGGCUUUACUAUGUAUACUACCUGCGUUAUAUGGCUAGCCUUUGUUCCACUUUAUUUUGGUACUGGCAAUCACGUCGCAUUGAGGAUUACUUCGAUGUCAGUUACCAUCAGUCUUUCUGCUUCUUUGACUAUUGCUUGUCUGUUCACACCAAAGUUGUAUAUUAUAUUAAUUCGACCGGAUAGAAACGUUCGACAGAAUAUAAUGCCACCAAGACCAUACAACACUACCAAAAGUUCAGCUGUAACUGGAACGAAUGCUUCGAGCAUGAUGGCUACUAUUACAUUAACCGCCGUAACUUGUGAUCAAAACAAAGCCGUGAAAAAACAUAUCAUCAAAACUACAGACUGUUCUACACAAAGUGAAUAUUACGAGUUAGAAUUGAAAGAACGGAAGAACGGAAAGUCAGCUCCGAAUUUAAUAUCACGCGGAACCCAAACCCAAUCGAAUAACAACGAAAAGGAAACUAACGAUAGCGUUCAUCUUGUUGUUGACAAAGAAUCGAAAGAAACUGCUACUACAACGAGGCAAAUAAAUAAUACGAAAAUAGGAAACGGACCUGUCAAUCAAAACGACGUUGCUUUAUAGCAAAAUGAUAUUAUCAUUGAAACGCCAAUCAUUGCGGCUAAUUUAAAACCGAUCUCAAAGAAACCAGUAAUUGUAUAAGCAAGCACAACAAAAUACAUUUACAAAUACAUAUUAUUGUAAAACGAAAUAUUGUUAUAAAAAUAUUAAAUUAUAUAACGAGCAAUUUGUUCAUGGCUCGUUUAGAUAAAUUCGAAAAAAGUAUUCAUGUAUCAAAUAUGGAAAGACGGACGAAAUUUACAUCCUUCAAUUUUCAACUACAUAUGAAAGAAAAAAAAAACCAAAUAUUGAAUAUCAUUAGUC